UUACUCAAAAUAUAUAUGAGAGAUAAGGGAGAUGUUUAAUUUUAUUUUUAUGAAAAUAAGGGGUAUAUUAAAAUUUGAAAAUCCACAAGUACCUCAGAUAGCAUAGCAAUAAUAACUCUCCAAAAUUAAAUAAAUGGUGGCCGCGUCUCCUGUAUUACCCAUCAAUGGUCUUCUCUCUCAGUACCCAUCUCAUUCUGCAACCAUUCUUAAGUGGGGAUUUAGAUGCGACAAAGACAGUGGCAGCAGCAGUAGAACAAAUAGCCAAGCUUUCAGAAUAUUAGCAACUUCUAAUGUGUCAGGGACAAGAUCAUCAAAAAAAGAGGUGAUCAUGGUUGAUCCUUCGGAAGCUAAGAGAUUAGCUGCCAAACAGAUGAAGGAAAUUCAAGCAAAAGAGAAAUUUAAGAGACGGCGCCGGAUAGAAGCUAUCAACGGCGCAUGGGCAAUGAUUGGUCUCACAGCAGGCUUGGUCAUUGAAGGACGCACUGGCAAAAGUAUUAUGGAUCAGUUGGCUGGAUACAUGUUUGCCAUUGUCCAUUUCUUUCUGCGGUAGAUAAGCGUCCGGCAAUGAAGGAAAAUUUGUGAAGUUGCAGAUAAUUUUUCAAUGUUAUUCUUAUAAAAUCAAAUCCAUGUAAAAUAUUCAGCUAGUUGUUGCCACAAAUCACAGAUAUGGCAACAUUUUGAUUGUUGCAUAUAAUCACAUACUUUAUCAGUUUAUAAUACUUAUGUGAAUACUUCAUUCUUGAGUUUAA